AUGGAGUCAAGCUGUGAUCUGGAAAUAGAGUGUGCGUAUCUCGAUGGAUCGAAAAUCCUGCCUCAUCUAAUCUCCGAUGAUCUCAGUAAUUUGGAAACGGUUGAUAAAGAAAAGUCGUUGCUGGGUGAACGAUUAUUGCGGGUGCUGUCAGCAUAUGUUGAAUUGAAAAACCGAAUUUACAAAAUUCAUCGAGAAGUUGCAGAUCUAAAAAAGCGCGCGGAUGAGCUUGGUGCUGGCUUGAUGCCAAAAAUGUUUCCAUUGACCGAUGCUGAGAAGAUUUUGGAGGAAAAAUUGGAAACGUUGCGCGUGAAUGUUGAAAGUAUUAGUCGACAGCUGCCACAUGUCGUUUCGAAGAGUUCGAAGCACUGGUAUCCUCCUAUAUGA